GAUAUUUUCUGCCUUCGAAGAAGCUAUUUUAAACUACUUUUCCAUAUCCAAGAAGACGAAUCGAACAAAACCAAAAAAUGGCUCGAAGAAGACUUUGUAACCUCUGCGUGGAAAAAUCCUGCUGGCUGUCACCACGAGUGCAUGCUGCAUCGAAAAUUAAUUAAAUUAACACUGCACUGAUGUUAUGACUUAAAUGCCUUGAAGAACAGUUGCAGUCCUCAAAACAGGCCAAAAUGAGAGAGGACAUGAUGGAUGAGGUAGCAGUAACAUCCGCCAGCGAGUUCGAUCUGGCCAACAUCCACGAAGAAGAGUUCGAACUGCAUACGACGUAUAUAGUUCCGGAUCUGCCGGUUGAGCCGGGGAUACCGAAUCGGGCUGAAGCUACCCUUCCUAGGAAUCUCGUCCUCAAAACAUCUCAAGCGCUGUCAGACGCGCAAGGCGUUUGGAGUACAGGAUAUAUCCCACGAGGGACCCGCUUCGGGCCUCUCGUGGGAGAAAUUUAUGCCAAAGAUGCUGUACCAAGUUCUGCGAAUCGGAAAUACUUUUGGAGGGUUCAAAUGAGGGAAGGCUUUUAUAGAAACAGUUCUAAUGACAGCAAGAUAUAUAAAGAUAACGAGCUGUAUUAUUACAUAGAUGGAUUUGACACGUCUAAAGCUAACUGGAUGAGAUAUGUGAAUCCUGCUUACUCCAGUGAAUCUCAAAACUUAAUCGCCUGUCAAUAUAAAAUGAAUAUUUAUUUUUACACCAUCAAACCUAUUCUUCCCAACCAGGAACUUCUCGUGUGGUACUGCAAGGAAUUCGCGGAAAGACUUAACUACCCCCUAACCGGCGAGCAGAUGUUACAAAGAAUACGACAACAAGUACAACAAUCGUCAGAAGUUAUCACUGUCAGCACUACGGACCCACCUGCCAAAGACGGUCCUUACGAACACCAGUUAACACCAACCGACGGAAGUGUGAGAUCAGAUGAAGGGUACCACAGUAACGGCUAUCAUGAUGAUGCUUUCACACCUCCCGAAGACUCGAGUGAUUCCGAUAGUGAGAGUAAUUACGUUCUUGAUUUUAGUAAAAAACCAAAUUCGAAGGAAACCGCGGUGAUCAAACCCGUAUCACCAGAAACUCAGAAGAACGAGUACCGGAAAGUGAAAAUAAAAAUCUCAAAAGCUUACCACUACAAAUCGACGAAAGGAGUGGAAAGCGACCACGAAAUGGAAAAAGAAGUCCCCAGUGACGCUGCAGUACCUGAAGUAACAACACUAACCCCGAGAAUAAUCACACCUCCAAGUACAGUAAUCGUAAUCGACUCGCCUCCGCCUGAAGUUCCUAACAAACCGUUCUACGAACCAGAAGUGAAAUCCCAGAACGUGAUUUCGCGAUACACGCCGCCAUCGUCUAGCAUCCUGGAAAACAUCCUUCUAAGGAACAGGAUCGACACCAACAACAAUGACAACAACCAGAGACAACCCAACGCCACGCCCCCUCCCAGCUCGCCAACCGAGAUGGCUUACUCCUACAAGAAGAGUCAUCGAUACGGGACCAUGCCCUGCAGUCCCGACUCAAGUUCAAACGUCCAAGUUCAAAACAUGCUUCCUCCUAGUCCCGCGAUGAUCAAAAACCACCCCCCGAGUCCCGUUCAGCCGACCACCGUCUACGUACCUCACUCCACCGAAAACUACACCAAUCACAUCCAACCCAGCAACUACUACAACAUCUACCCCUCCAACGGGAUUGUCCACAGCACCAUCACGUCCGCCCCCACGACGACGUACUCUCCACCCAUCACGACGAGCUUCACCACCAACCACCAUCCGAACGGGUCCAAUCUCAUGAUCCCGGCGACCCACAUCAUCAACUCGAACCUCACGCAUCACCUCCUCACCCCUCUGAACCCGAUUCAGACCAACGGGCGCGCGUCCCCAUGCUCGAGGAGCCCGGACGGGGGUGGCUCGAUCAACGGGAGUCCCGGGAGCCCCAAUUCGGGUCAGUCGAGGGGCUACCGGAGCCUGCCCUACCCUCUGAAGAAGAAGGACGGGAAGAUGCACUACGAGUGCAACGUGUGCUGCAAGACGUUCGGGCAGCUCUCUAACCUUAAGGUCCACUUGAGGACCCAUAGUGGGGAGAGGCCGUUCAAGUGUAGCGUCUGCACCAAGUCGUUUACGCAGUUGGCGCACCUGCAGAAGCACCACUUGGUGCACACUGGGGAGAGGCCGCACGAGUGCGGGAUCUGCAAGAAGAGGUUCUCUUCGACUUCGAAUCUUAAGACUCAUUUAAGGCUGCACAGUGGGCAGAAGCCCUACGCUUGUGAUUUCUGUCCCGCGAAGUUUACUCAAUUUGUACAUCUUAAGUUACAUAAGAGGUUGCAUACGAACGAAAGACCUUAUAUUUGUCAGGAGUGUGGCAAGAACUAUAUUAGUGCCUCUGGUUUGAGGACGCACUGGAAGACGACGAGCUGUCGCCCGAAUAAUAUCGACGAAGAACUGAAUGGGGAGGGAUCGCCCAAUGGGUACUACGAGUACGCUGGAUCGGACGGUAGUUUAGGAUCUGUAGAAAUGAACAAAGACAUCCACGAGGACUCCAAAGAAUUCCUGGAAAUCCACUCCCAGCAGCAGCCCCAGGUCGCCCACUCGGUGUUGCACCCCGGCCUCUCCAGGCCGCUGCCCCCCGGUUUGCAGACCCCCCAGCGACAGCCCCCGCAGUCCUCCCUCCACCCCGGCAAGGAAACGCGACCGAGCGUGAUCGAGUCGUCGCAGCCACACAUAAUUGAAUGUACCUAAGAUGUAUUCCUGCUCAUCUAGUGUAGUUUUGUUAAGUUUUUUAAGAUUUAUUUAUUAAUAGGAUAGUACUGAGGUAAAACGUGUGUUCACGAUGGGACUGGACACUGUUAUGUAAGCGUUCGAAUGAAUAAAUAUUUAAUUUUUCUAAAGAUACUCAUUACAUUUUGUUGAGAUAAUUUAUUCUAUUUAUUGUUAGUUGUUUAAUGAAAGUAUUUUAUGGAAUUAACCGAAUUUUGACUUUAGACUGAUCACGUAUAAAGCAAUACUAUUUAUGACUUGCACGAAAUUGUCUACACUGUGUGUUUAUUUGUAUUUGAAUGUUUUAGGAGAAACUAGAUCGUUUUUACGUUGUAGAUUUUGUAUUGAAUGUGUUCUGCAGUUUAUAUACAUUAAUAUACUGACAUGUAUUGAUGGUACUUGAUUGGACGCCUCUUAACUCCAUAUUGAGAAACUACAAAUUCGGUCACCCCUCACGCCUAAAUUUCGGAAAAUGUAUUUGUUGCAAGCGUAGUUGCUUGAUAUGCUGUUAAAUCCAUAACUUACUUAUGUUAGAAUAUACCCCAAAUAAGUAUAAGCCAAAUGAGAUCAUCCUCUUCAUGUAUCGCUACUAUUUAUACAUGUAAAGUUCAAUGUAUGUAAUUGUAUAAAACUAAAUGGUGCUUGUGACUUUAAUUUAAGUGUGUACGAAAUUCCUGAGCUUAGCGGUGGAAAAUUAUUUGUCAGCUUGCACUAAAACAAGAUCAGUAUUAAUUUGAUUCGAAUCGUAAAUACUGUACAUCAUCAUUUGUUGGUUUUUGUAAAAACAUUAUUUUUGUACAUUUCGUCAUCUGUAAAUAUAAUUUCAAUUUAGGUACCUACUUGAAAUUAAUGUAAAUUUGUGUAAAUUGUGAAUAUUUUAAAAUUAGCGCGAUCACUUGCCGUGUACAUAAAUUGUUCGUUUAUAACAACACAUUGCCUUUCGCAUAUAAGGUACAAACCUCCAUAUUUUGUUUUUGACAGUUUUUGUUUCCGAGUUAUUUCAUAUAACACACAAUAGUAUAAUACGAUUAUUAUUAAAGGUAGUAUGUACUGUGUACAAUAAGAUUUGUUUUUUAUUGUUAUUUAGUUGUACUUGUAGUUAUUUAUAUCUCUCUACAAACCUUCGGCUUCUGAAACAUCGUUGUGUUACUUGGUUUUAAGAAAAUUGUACAUUUCGAAUGAAUCCCGGUGUUUGCACGUUUGCAUUUAACAUGAAAAAUUAGUUUAGGUGGGUACCUUCGUUUUGUUGUUUAUUACAAAGGUAUGAUUUUA